AUGCCUAUUUAAUUUAUAAAAGGCAAAAUUUAGAUUUACUAUACUUAAAUUGGUGAUAAAGGUGCAUCAAGCUUAGGUUCUGGUUUAGCAAAUUGCAUUAAUCUCUCAAAUUUGUCACUUUAACUUACUUAAAAAUAAAUUGGUGCAAAGGGUGCAUCAUGCUUAGGUUCUGCUUUAGCAAAUUGCAUUAAUCUCUCAAAUUUGACACUAUUCAUGAGUUACAAUUAAAUUGGUGAUGAAGGCGCAUCAGGCUUAGGUUCUGGUUUAGCAAAUUGCAUUAAUCUCUCUAAUUUGUCACUUUAACUUACUGACAAUAAAAUUGGUGCAAAGGGUGCAUCAGGCUUAGGUUUUGGUUUAGCAAAUUGCAUUAAUCUCUCAAAUUUGUCACUUUAACUUAAUUACAAUUAAAUUGGUGAUGAAGGUGCAUCAGGCUUAGGUUCUGGUUUAGCAAAUUGCAUUAAUCUCUCUAAUUUGGAACUUGACAUAAGUGACAUUGAAAUUGGUGCAAAGGGUGCAUCAGGCUUAGGUUCUGGUUUAGCAAAUUGCAUUAAUCUCUCAAAUUUGUCACUUUAACUUACUAGGAAUAAAAUUGGUGAUGAAGGUGCAUCAGGCUUAGGUUCUGGUUUAGCAAAUUGCAUUAAUCUCUCAAAUUUGUAACUUGACAUAACUGACAAUAAAAUUGGUGAUGAAGGUGCAUCAGGCUUAGGUUCUGGUUUAGCAAAUUGCAUUAAUCUCUCAAAUUUGUAACUUGACAUAACACGUAAUAAAAUUGGUGAUGAAGGUGCAUCAGGCUUAGGUUCUGGUUUAGCAAAUCUCUCAAAUUUGACACUUCGCCUUGAUGACAAUGAAAUUGGUGCAAAGGGUGCAUCAGGCUUAGGUUCUGGUUUAGCAAAUUGCAUUAAUCUCUUAAAUUUGUAACUCUACAAUAAUGGCUAUGAAAUUGGUGAUGAAGGUGCAUCAGGCUUAGGUUCUGGUUUAGCAAAUUGCAUUAAUCUCUCUAAUUUGGAACUUUAACUUUGUGGCAAUAAAAUUGGUGAUGAAGGUGCAUCAGGCUUAGGUUCUGGUUUAGCAAAUUGCAUUAAUCUCUCAAAUUUCAGACUUUUACUUAUUUACAAUUAAAUUGGUGCAAAGGGUGCAUCAUGCUUAGGUUCUGGUUUAGCAAAUUGCAUUAAUCUCUCAAAUUUGACACUAUUCAUGAGAGGCAAUAAAAUUGGUGAUGAAGGUGCAUCAGGCUUAGGUUCUGGUUUAGGAAAUUGCAUUAAUCUCUCAAAUUUGUAACUCGAAAUAAGUGACAAUAAAAUUGGUGAUGAAGGUGCAUCAGGCUUAGGUUCUGGUUUAGCAAAUUGCAUUAAUCUCUCAUAUUUGUCACUUGAACUUACUGACAAUAAAAUUGGUGAUGAAGGUGCAUCAAGCUUAGGUUCUGGUUUAGCAAACUGCAUUAAUCUCUCAAAUUUGUCACUUUAACUUAAUAGGAAUGAAAUUGGUGAUGAAGGUGCAUCAGGCUUAGGUUCUGGUUUAGCAAAUUGCAUUAAUCUCUCUAAUUUGGAACUUUGCCUUGACUCAAUAAAUGAACAAUAGUAAUUCAAAGUAAUAAGCAAGUAUCUUAAAUCAAAAAGAUUAGUUGUCUUUUAAAUCAAAUUCUGUUGA